AUGGACCAGCAUAGCAGAGCGAAUGACAGCAAAGCAGAUGAGAAGACAGGCUCGCUGUUUGACGAGGAUGCGGAUGGCGUGCCACAGAGGAGCACAGAGAUAUCCUCUGCAAGGACGCACCAGAGUCUUUUUGACGACCAGUUUGAAAGCAAGGUGAGCAUCUGGAAGUCCUAUAGGGAGGAGAAGAAUGAGCAUGAGGAUCUUGAUGACGAUCUUCUGAACAAUCCUGUGCUCAAUUCAAGCCCAUCAGAGAGUUCAUGUGCCAAUAAAACACUAAAGGAUGUUCCAAGAAUUAACAGGUUUUGGGGUGCAGGAGUGCAGAACGAAGCAGGCGCGGUCCAGGAACAACCAGACGGCAGGCAAGAGGCGAGGGACACCAUGGAUAGCACAUCCCACGGUGCUUCUGCCAGUGACUUGGCAGCAAUUAGGCCCGAGAUUCUCCAGAAAAUCAUGUUUGAAGAUGAAGGCUCUGCAAGGAAAAGCAUCCGCGAAAGAUCCACCCAUCCCAGCAUGGAGGAGGACCUGAAUUUUGGAGGGGGUGCAUAUGAGAGCAAAAGACAGAGAAUUGGCGGGGCCAGCAUGCUGGGCUCCAGAGUAGAAAUGCCAAAAAGCCCAUGCCAGAACAGUCACUCGAGCAUGAGG